AUGCCUGCACCUCAAGUAACGCCGAAUCCCAAAGAUGGUUCAAGAGCGCGCCGUGCGGCCAAGAUCCGACAGUGCUCAACGUGUGGUCGCACUUUCGCUAAGACGGAUCAUCUAGAGAGGCAUGUCAGAUCUCAUACCAAGGAGAAGCCGUUCAUCUGUACGAAAUGCGGCAGGAAAUAUGGUCGACACGAUACACUGCUUCGGCACCAGAAGGAGCACUUGGACGACCCUUCUGUCCUUGUCGCAAAAGAACAGCACCGUCCCAGCGAUGCAGUCACCGUCAGUACCUCGCAAGUCUUUGCAAGCAAUACCGCCGCCCUCGAUGUCACGGCAAGCUCGGCUGAAAGAAGCCAAGUAACCACCAACGACGCCUCGGUCGAUAUGUACCAGACCAACUUCAACUUCACGACCAGUCAUUUGAGUGGUGGGUUGGACAUGUCACUGGAUCCUUUCAGCGUCGAUCUCGAGACCCAAUUCCCUUCCUGGCUGCUUGAUAGCGACCUCCAUAACGGCAUUUUAGAUACUCCUUUGGUGGCGACUAUGGCAGAGCUGCGGCCUGGCUGGCCAGAAAGCCCAAAUACCACAUUCGGUGGGACUACUAGCUACAGGCCUGUGUCGAGUAUGAAACGGAUCUGGUUCACAGCAAACGACGACUGCGACGACGUCAUGCCUCAGUCAGGACCUACAACACCUCCUGGAUCUCGCGACGAGGUAGACGACUCGUACCGGCAAACACUGACACAAAGCCUUCAAAUCCGACCCAUGAAGGAACAGACCGCUCUUCCGUCAGCAGAUUUCCUCAAUCUUUGCGUCAGGUCAUAUUUUGCACGAUUCCAUCCUGUUUUUCCAGUCGUACACGCCCCGACAUUCCGCCCUUCGAAGGCGAAUUCGAUGGUACUGUUGUCUAUCUGUUCCGUGGGCAGCCUCUUCACUGGAUCAGUACAUGCAGUCCGCCAAGGCGUUCAGAUAUAUGACCGGCUACAUAAAGCAGUGCUUGGCAAUUGGGAUCGGCUCAUUGCCCGAGGGAUUGACCAGAAAAUUUCGCUCAUCCAGACUGCUAUCAUCGGACAAACCUUCGGUCUACUAUCUGGGGAGCCGAGACAUCUUGCAAUUGUCGAUGCAUUCAACGGGACAUUGAUCUCAUGGGCGCGACGUUCUGCAACGUUCAAGACCAAAAAGAUAGUCGGCCUCGACCUCAACGUGUCCUCGGCGGAGCUGGAUAAGAAGUGGCGAGAAUGGGCGAGAAACGAAGAACUCAUCCGAAUCGCGCUGAGCGUCCAUAUCCACGAUGCGGAACUCGCCGCCAUGUUCCAUCAUGAGCCUUUUCUCCGCCACAAUUCUCGUCAGCUACCGGUCGCCGCAUCAAACCAGACAUUUAUGGCCGUUCGGGCGGAUGAGUGGCGCAAGGCAUACCUCAGCGACCCAAGCAACCUCGAAACUAGCAAUACGACGCCGGCCUCGAUUGAUGAGCAUCUAGACUUCGACCUCCUCGCCAUGCCCAACAGCAGCUACUUUACAGCUUAUACCGUUCUUGAAGGCAUCUGCGCUAGUAUAGUGGAAACCGGGUUGAAUGGGUCAACGCAAUCGAGGCUUGAUGAGAUCCUGACCACGUUGAUGUCGUUUCAUCGACACUUCCUGCAGGAAUCAGCCGCCUGGGAAGCAGACCAUAUGGACAUGAGCAUAUUGUGGCACCUUGCAUUUAUGAUUAUGUUUGCUGAUUUUGACCUCCUGGAGCGAGCGAUUGGCAGAGAUGGCUCUGAGCUCUCAGCAGAAGACCUGCAUGCAGUCACGCUAUGGGCAAACUCAGACCAAGCCCGGCGGUGCGUCAUCCACGGCUUGAUCAUCCAGAAAAAGCUGGAGAACUUGCCCCUCGGCUUUGAGCCUGCAAUCCAUGUGCCCAGAGCAAUGUUCCGCGCAGGUAUUGCGUGGUUUUGCUACACCCGAUUCGGUUCUGAGCAGAAUGGUGGGCAACGAACAACAGCUACCGCCGAGAGCACAGAGUACCCCGAGUUCAAACUAAUCGGCGUCAAUCCCGCCUUACUGCUCUUCCAAGCCAGCGGUUACAAACACGGGAAGCCUACGACGACCGAGACCAACGCAUCACUCAGCGGAUUGACUGAUCUCUUGAGGCGGAUAGGGCAUUGGGAGAUUGCGAGAAGAUUUGCCGCCAUACUAGGAGCCCUACUGCAUGACGAAGCCGAAUGA